AAUCGUCUUUACACAUUACUCAACUAAAGCGUCGAAAGUUGUAAUAUUCUCUGAAUUUUAAAUCCGGCAUGUGCAAACUUGGCGAAGUCGAUGACAUUACACUGUUUCAUUAUUUGACGAAAAUCCUUAUUAUAAAACGUCGAAAAGUCAAAAAUGCGUCAGUCAAUUCUUCAUCUUCUUAUUACUAUCUUCUUCUUCAUCUUCUACCCUGAUUCUGAAUCAAAGGAGAAAGAAUUUAAAUUUCAAUUCCGCCAUUGUUGUUGGGGGCUAAGCAGAAAGUAAUCCAUCGUUUACGCCAGUUUCUAGAACAAAUUUCUGCUUUACCCAUCUUUGAUUGGUUUCCCUUUUCUUAGUUUUGGGAUUCGAGCUUAUACAUUGAGAUGGAAGAAGAAGUGCAAAAGUACACGGUUGAUGAUGCCCUCAUUGCCAUGGGCUCUGGAAAAUUUCAGAUUUAUCUCCUUGCAUAUGCUGGAAUGGGAUGGAUUGCGGAAGCAAUGGAGAUGAUGCUUCUCUCCUUUGUUGGACCAGCUGUUCAGGCAGAAUGGGGCCUUUCUCCAAAUAAAGAAAGUAUGAUAACCAGUGUGGUUUUUGCUGGCAUGCUGAUUGGUUCAUAUUCAUGGGGCAUAGUUUCAGAUAAGUAUGGGCGGAGGAAUGGAUUUUUCAUAACUGCAAUUUUUACAUCAACAGCUGGAAUUUCUAGUGCUCUUGCUCCAAACUAUGCGACAUUGAUCUUCUUUCGUUUCUUUGUUGGUCUUGGUUUGGGAGGAGGGCCGGUACUCUCAUCCUGGCUUUUGGAAUUCAUUCCUGCUCCCAGAAGAGGUACCUGGAUGUCUCUGUUUUCAGCCUUUUGGACUGUUGGGACUUUGUUGGAGGCUUCACUAGCUUGGAUUGUUAUGCCUUCAUUGGGUUGGAGAUGGCUACUGGCAUUUUCUGCAGUCCCCUCUGCAGUACUUCUCAUCUUCUACCAAACUGCACCCGAAUCACCCAGAUAUCUGUGCAGGACAGGUAGGACAGAUGAAGCAGUAGAAAUUUUGGAGAGGAUAGCAAGAUUGAACCAAGCAGAACUUCCACCUGGUAUUCUUGUUUCUGAUCACCAAGUUGCCAAAGUAUUUGAUCUUCCUUCAGAAGAUGCACGUUUGCUAUCACCAAAUAAAGGAGAAAUUGAAAUAGUUGAUAGCUUGGAUUCUACAAGUAGUCCACAAAAAGGAACUUCUGUCUUCACCCUUCUUUCACCACAAUUACUAAGGUCAACCCUGCUCUUAUGGGUAGUGUUCAUUGGAAAUGCAUUUGCAUAUUAUGGACUUGUGUUGUUGACGACUGCUCUGAGCAGCAGUGAUAAUAAGUGUACUCCAAAUCAUUCUCCAUCAGAGUCGGGGAAAUCUGUGGAUGUAAACUACAAAAAUGUUUUCAUAACCAGUUUUGCAGAGUUUCCGGGGCUGCUUCUGUCUGCAGCAAUGGUGGACAAUGUUGGUCGCAAGGUUUCUAUGGCAUCUAUGUUUUUCCUUUGCUGCCUUUUCCUACUACCAUUGGCCUUCUAUCAGUCCGGGGGCUUAGUAACACCCCUUCUAUUUGGUGCCCGCAUAUGUAUCACAUCAACAUUCAACAUUAUAUACAUAUAUGCCCCAGAGAUAUACCCAACCUCAGUUCGAACAACGGGAGUAGGAGUUGCCAGCUCUAUGGGAAGAAUUGGUGGAAUGACCUGCCCCCUUGUGGCAGUGAGUCUGAUUCAUGGUUGUCACCGAACUGCAGCCAUUCUUCUGUUUGAGGCCAUUAUCUUUGUUUCUGGGGUAUCUGUCUUGUUGUUCCCUAUCGAAACAUCAGGUCGUGACUUAAGUGAUGAAGUAUCUGACAUGAAUCAGGAAGUUGAAUUAACCUGAACACCAGCAGUAAUUCAUACACUUGUAGACUUGACAUGCUGUGGAUUAGAACAGCUCUUGCAGAUAGAAGCAAAUUCGAAGAAUUCAUAACUACAGGCAAUAACCCCACUAUAAUUGUUACUUUCUUGUAAAUGAUCUGAGAGCUAGCUAGAUCGAUCAGCGUUCAUAUUAGCUUUGGGGUUUAGAAUUUGGGUUAGUUGAGGCCUAGUUUUUCUUGCAUAUCUAAUUUUGUAACUUUGUAACUGAUCAGUUGAUUUGAGAUGUACCAUAAAAUUUUGUUCUAGGAUUGAUAGAACACUUGUAAAAUUUUGCUUACCUUUUUUUUUUUUUAGGUAAAAUCUGAGUCAUUGAGUGACAAGAGUAUAAGUUUAUUAAACCUUUAUUUCAAUUUGUUUUAUUUCAUAAAUUGUAUGGAAUUUGACAGGAAAGAGAAAAUUGAAAGCUUAUAUUUUUAAGGGUGAGUAUUUACUAAAUAAGUAUCAUGGAUAAUGUAUUAGUGAUGAUAAAUCCAUUAUGAAAGGCAAAAAGUCCAAUUUAAUAAAUAAUUUUUGGAGUUUAUCAGUAAACUUUUGUCACAAUACAU